AUGAAGGACGCUGCCCCACUCUCCAUCUCGACCGCCGUGAAAUCUGCAGGGCGAUGGCAAGAUUGGUCAGCUGCCCUGAAGUGCCUCUACGACAGCAAGGCCUUGUCCGAAGAACAGACAUGGCAUCCCUUGGCCCUGGCACCGCCCAUGGCCGCUCUGGGCGUAUGCGCGAGAGCGAGCGCCUGGAGCGGGGCAGUGCAGGUCCUUGGGGCAAUUGGUGCCUCGGGCCUCCGCCCAGAUCUUUACAUCAUUGGCUCCGCCCUCAACGCCUGUGAUAGAGGCUUUGCAUGGUCCACAGCCCUGCAUCUUCUUCGCGGAGUUGGAAAGUAUGGGCUCUCUGUCAGCGAGGUGUUGGUGAACUCCGCGACCACGGCAUGUGACAAGGGCAACCAGUGGACCUGCUCUCUCUGGCUGCUCAUGGACAUGCGAACCAAGAGGUGUCAACUGGAUAGCCUUAUUGGGCACAGUGCAGCGAUGGCUGCUUGUGCCCGUUUUGAAGCGCAGUGGGCUAAGUCCCUGGUGCUCUUUGAGCGGCUGCCCCAUCACCGCUUCACCCCGGACUUGAUCGCCUGUAACAGCGUCAUGCAUGCCUGCGCCACUGGUUCCGCGGUAGCAGUGGCAACGUAUCUGGUUUCAAGAAUGCAGCAGCAUGGUCCCCUACCAGAUCUGGUCACCUUCAACACCUUCAUCACCUCUUUGAGCAACUCGCAGGCCUGGUUGCAGUGCCUUGAGAUUUUGGACUCCCUUGAGGAAAACGGUGCGCUCUCCCCCUCUGUGGUCACUUACAAUGCUGUAAUUAGCUCUCUGGGGCAAGAGGGCUGGCGUUGGAGCCUCUGGCUCCUGGAAAAGAUGCGUGCAAGGUCUGUGCGCUGCGACGUGGUGACUGCCGGUUCCAUUCUGAGUACGCUGGCGCGUGCCGCGCAAUCGGACGCAGCUCUUUCGUACCUCUCGAUCUUGGAGCGGGACCCGGCCUUGACAAACGAGGUGGUCUACAGCGCAGCUGUCUCUGCCUGUGAGGGAGGACGGCUCUGGAAGGAGAGCAUCGCUUUGAUCGUCAGGGCCAGGUCCAUGAAAUUGAAGACGGAUGCAGUUGUCUACGGUGCAGCAUGCAGCACGUGUCAGAAAAGCCAGCUUUGGGAACAUGCCGUGAGUUUACUGGGAGAUGCACGGUACCAGUCCACAGUGAGCACUCCGUUGUCCAACGCAGCGAUCUCUGCGUGUGCGGACUCAGCGCAGUGGCUCUUGGCCACCCGGCUUUUGCAAGUUGCUUCCUAUUGGAAGGUGGAGGCUGACACCACAACCUGUAACGCAUGCCUGACUGCCUGUGUGCGACAGUGGGAGAUGGUCGUGCACAUGAUGGGGGCUUCGCUGGCUCAGCAGGUUUCAGCCGACACCGUGGGCAUAAACGCCGCGAUCUCAUCCCUCGCUACGGACAGCAUAUGGGCACGGGCGAUCGCUUCGUUGCGGGGAAUUCCAGGCUGUAAUGGGGUAGAGGCUGACAUCUUCGGCUUCAACUCUGUGCUGACGGCUCUCGCGAGGUCCAAGCAUUGGGCUCACAGCAGCGCACCACAGCUUGAGUUCGCUGAAGGUUUUUAG